AUGACAGGCUGUAGAGACUGUCACAAGGGAGCUGAGUGGGAGGCGCAGCUCGCCGCGCUAGGCAAGAAUGCUGGGCUCUACUGGAAGAUGCGCCACAAUGUUUCGCAGGCAUGCGACCGUUGCAGGAAGCUCAAGUCCAAGUGUGGAGACACUCGACCAUGCUGGCGCUGCGUGAAGAGCGGGUGUGCGGACAAGUGUGCGGACGAGGCCAAGGUCUCAAACUCAUCGCAGACACCAGAGUCAGACUACUGGGGGAGUGACGGGGAAGCCAAUGGGGCGAAGCAGGAGUCGCCGCUGUCAUCGUCCCCCGCCUCACCUGCCGUGUCGCUGGUCAACGAUCACAAGCUCGAGUGA